AUGGAUUCCAAACUAAUCCGUUUCGCUGUUGUGAUUAUGCUCCUGUCCAUCCAAAUCUUUUGCACAGCGGGUGUUGCAGGGGACAUCACCGGAGAUUGUUACGGCCGGAACGGCAACAAUCUCCCAACGCCGGCAGAUACAGUUGCUCUAUACAAAAGCAACAACAUCGACGCAAUCCGUAUGUACGAGCCCUUCGCAGACAUGCUCGAAGCGCUUCGUGGCUCAGGUCUCUUAGUCGCGUUUGGUCCACGAAACGAAGAUAUCCAAUCCCUAGCUCACGAUCCAGCCGCCGCAACAAAUUUCGUCUCCACCUGGAUUACACCUUACCAAAACGACGUUGCAAUUAAAUGGAUCACAAUUGGUAACGAAGUCUUCCCCGGAGAAAUCGCUCAAUUUGUUGCCGCCGCGAUAAAAAACGUCAACGUCGCGCUAACGAAUUCCGGCGUCACAGGAAUCUCUGUCACGACGGUUUUAGCUAUGACCGCGUUGACCAAUACAUAUCCACCUUCCGCUGCAACAUUCCUCCCAGAUCUAACCGAGAUCAUGACGGAGAUUACAUCGAUACUCUCAGAGACGAAUUCGCCUCUCAUGACGAAUAUCUACCCGUACUUCGCAUACGCGUCAGAUCCAUAUCACAUCUCACUCGAUUACGCUAGUUUCAAAUCCAAUACACCGGUAGUGAUAGACGGUGAUUUGUAUUACAACAAUAUGUUUGAGGCGAUGGUUGACGGAUUCAAUGCGGCGUUGGAGAAGAUCAACGCCGCAAACGUGGUGGUGAUGGUGGCGGAGACGGGAUGGCCGACGGAGGGAAAUCCACCGCACACGAGUGUUGAUAACGCGAAGGCCUAUAAUAUGGGGAUUCGAACAUGUGGGAGAUCUGCAGAACGGAAGCGGACGCCCCGCCGGCAAAACACGCCGGUUGACGUGUUUCUAUUCGCAAUGUUCAAAGAAAAUCAGAAGGAUGGUCCGGUGGAACAGAGUUUCGGAAUCUUUGCACCUGAUAUGACUCCAGUCUACGAUCUUUUUUGUAAAUGGCGUUAA